AUGCAACUCCUACAUGCGGUCCUAUGGAGCAGCUUAUUUUGGCUAUCAGUCGCUGCGGGAUCUUUGCAGUCCGUCUUUAAGCGCGCUCCCGUGCCGUACAGGGUCCAGACGCCGCCCCUGGACACGGACUGGACAUACAAGGUCGGCAGAGACCCUUGGCCCGAGCAUCCUCGCCCCCAGCUCCGUAGAGAUGUCUGGCAGAACCUGAACGGAAUCUGGACGUAUCAAGAGGCCAGGAGCGCCGCCGAUAUCGACAAGCUCCCCGGCGGUCUCCUUGAGCGCGAGGUCCUGGUCCCGUCAUCUUUCGAGUUUCAAAGGAAUGGGAAGGAAGUCGGUCACCUCCACUUUGAAGCCGUGGAUUAUGACGCCACCGUUUUUGUCAACGGAGUCAAAGUUGGCAAUCAUGUUGGCGGAUAUUUUCGAUUCAGCCUCGACGUGACGGCUCAAGUCAAGUUUGACGAGGACAACGAACUACUGGUUUUCGUAGAGCGUUCAAGAGACCACAUCCAGCAACUCGACGUGGCGGCCGGCAUGGACGGAAUCGUCACCUUGACCGCUCAUAGGCACGUGGUUGCUCGCCGAAGAGGAAAUGCCGACACGGAACUCCAGUUUGAGGUGGACAACCCCGAACUUUGGGAGCCAUCUUCGCCCACUCUGUACAACAUGACCAUCAAGAUGGGCGAAGACGAAGUCCAAAGCUAUACCGGAUUCCGAACGAUUUCCAAGGGCCUCGUCAACGGCAUUCAGCGGCCACUUCUGAACGGGGACUUUGUCUUUCUGUUCGGCACUCUCGAUCAAGGAUACUGGCCCGAUGGGCUCUACACGCCGCCCAGUCGUGAGGCUAUGAUUUAUGACCUGAAGAUGCUCAAGUCCCUGGGCUUCAACAUGGUUCGAAAAGUUGAGCCCGAUCUUCUUAUCAAGCAUCAAAAGGAGUUUCAGCGCCAGCUUGAAGUCCUCAUCAGCGAGCACAAGAGCUAUCCGUCCAUUGUGACCUGGGUCAUUUACAACGAAGGCUGGGGCCAGCGGAGAAACGCACCGUAUCCCGAAGGGCAACUCACUGAUGUCGUGCGCAGCAUUGACCCUACGAGGUUGAUUGACUCCGUGACAGGCUGGUUCGAUCACGGGUUUGGGACUUUUCCGAUAACCACCAUUACGCGAAUCCCCAGGCACGCCAUUUUAUUCCAUUGCAUCUUCCCCGUAUGA